AUGACAGAAAAUCCUACAAAAUCAGCCCGAUCACCAUCUUACAUUCCUUUUAAAAAUUUUCUGCGAGAAAAAUUCGGACGUCUCGUGCCGUACGUCGAUCAUAAUGAUUUAAACUCGCUGACCGAUCUUAACAAGACGAACCAACCACGGCCAGCAGCCCGACGGAUGCGGAGCCGAGUGGAGUUGGCUUUCCCCCUCAUUGGCGGUUCGUUCAUAUCCGGAUGGUUGCUCGGUGGGCUAUCAGGUUUAAUCGAUGGCCGUUCACAAACGUCUACGGAUUCGAGAAAAAUUCGACACACUCAAAUUCGAAAUCAUGUUCUGAAGCAAGGAAAGUAUGUUUCUAAUACACUGGCAUCAAUAGUUUGUAUCUAUUGUUCAAUCGGAGUGAUGCUUUUACUAAUUCGUGGUAAAGAUGGUUCCCUAAAUACUACUCUAUCGGGUGGAAUUACAGGUCUGCUGUAUCGUUCUUCUGCAGGAUUACGAAAAAGUCUUAUAAGUGGAGGCUAUGGUUUAGUAAUUCCACUGGACGAUGGUUUAAGUGGCAACUGGGCUGAUGAAGGCGGUGAUGCUGAUGACGAUGCGAUGAAAAAGACACCGAACAAGAAACAAUAA